GUCACCGUCACUCCGACAGCAGCCCAGCAAACAUCCGGGCCUCCCGCGCCGUGACCUCCGACCCGACAGCACACCACGUGGUACCGACGGCAGUUGCCAUGGUACCGGAGCGCCGCGUUGCUAAGGCAUCUUGUGGCUUCUCGGUCGCGAAGGCUGUGGCAGUGGCGCAGAGCAACAAUGACAACAAUAUAUGCUUCAGGUGGAGGAAGUCUAGUAAUAAAUGUCAGACGAUCAGAAUCUCAAGAUGCACAUCAGAUUGUGAAACUGUUCACCCCCAGUACGACAGCCAUGUUUGGAAGAAUUAAUAUCUUCUACCUGCUAGAAAAAGCAAAUCUUGCUUUGACAGUGGAAAAUGAGAAGAAAGACGUUUUAGCUCAUGCUGUUUUCUUGGAUUAUCCAAAUAUUGAGGCUGUUGAGAAAGACAACUGGGAACCAUGGCUACAUACAUAUGGUCCUAGUUCAAAAUGUACACCUUUGAACACCCUUUUUUUACAUUUGCUUGUGACAAAAUCAAGAGUCGCAGGUGGUUGUGCUAGAGAGAUUGUCAGGACUGUCUUUAAUGACAUCCGAGAACUUCACUACAUAAUCCUUGCUGUGCCAAAGAAAGUCGCCUUAGAUCCUGCUGUGUCUGUCUUGUUUGCACCUAUGCCGCAAUUUAAGAAGGUGGAUGGUGUGCAUUAUUCGGCUUUCAUCUGUUAUAGAAAGGACUAUGUUCCAGUACUACAUAUUCGAAAGGCCAGGAUAGAGGAUCAUGAUGAUGUCACCCCUAUCUUCAACAAGCAGACUGAUACACUGAGAUACACUUAUGGUGAAUACUUCCUGGCAGAACUAAUAGAAGCUCAAGAUGAAACGACCCGAGCUGCGGUCUCUGAGGUAAAUAACUGUGCAGUGGGGUUCAUAAGUGUGUGCAGUGAAGUGAAUAUCAAACUCCUGAAUGAAUGUUUUGAUUUACGUCCAUUUCAUGGUUUUUGUAAAACUCAAGAGGAGUCGUCUCCAAAAAUAACAAGGAGUUCAGUGGGCUGGGGUGUUAUUCAUGAUAUUCUAAUGAAUGCAAAAGAGUCUCUUGACCGUGAAGAUCUGGGAGAAGUGUCAGACAGUGUUGAAAAUGCCAAAUUGCCAGAUGGUGAUGUUGAAGACCAAACAACCAAAGAAGCAGAGAACAGCAAAGAAAUUGCUUCCAGUUCAAAUGACAGCCAGUCUUCAAAUGCCUUUUGCAUUCAGUUGUUCUGCAUUGAAGAAAAAUAUGAAACAAGGUCUCAGGAUUUUUUGCCCUACAUUUUUAAUCUUUAUCCGGACAAAGACUACUGUGUUAUCACAGUACCUCAUCUCAUCCCAGAAUUCCCUUUGCUAAGGGACUUUGUCCGUGUUGUGCCCUACAGCAAGACUACGUUAUAUCAUGAGCUAUAUGUCACUCAUCGCAAAGGCUUGUUAAAAUCCUUUGUGGUACGACUUGCAACACGAAAUGACACUGCAGGAAUUGAAAGACUUGUAAAAGACCUUCAUCUGGAGUUCAGUAUUUUAAAUACCUUGCACAUUUAUAAUCAGUCUCGCAGAGACUCAGAUGGAACUCCAAUUCAGGCAAUUGUUGCUGAGGUUUUACAAGAAAUUGUGGGAAUUGCUAUCAUCAGGAAUGAAGAGCAAAUUGAAUAUAUUCGUUCGCAUUAUAACAUCGAAAACUUUAUCUACUUCGACCAUCACCAACGUGAAGAACAUGGGCACCUCUAUCACUUUGCUUUGAACCCAAUUUUCCAUCACUAUACCAGACAUUUUCUCAAAGAAAUACUUCGGAUUACUUUUAAGUCAUGCCUGUACUACCCUGUUUACCCAAGAUUAUUACUUAAUAAGAUAAACAGUCCAUUUGCUCAUUCCCUCACAUCAGCCCUUAAUUGCCUAGUUCCUGUGCGCCGGAGAAGACAGAUUAUCUAUCCAUUGGAACAACUUGGCAUUAAUGCUCCAUCAAAGCGAAUCACCCAGAAUAAGCUAAAGUAUGCUUUAAACCAUAUAAACCGAAAGUUGACCAUGGAGCCAAAGCUGACCAUCAAUUCACAAAUUGUAGUGGUUGGUGCUUCGGAGGUUGGGAUCUCCUUCCUUGAAACAUUGGUCUUCUGUCCACACUUACGGUUUCAUAACCUGACCUUGAUUUCAACAUCUGGACUUCCUGGAAGUUACUCAACUUCUGUGCGUAGAAAAUUCAAAGCUGCAAGUUACAACUAUAAUCAUGACGAUCACGCACAGAUAUCAUUGCAGACUUGGGUUAAUGUGGUGACUGGCAAGAUGAUUGGUAUAAACAGAGCUGCAAAAUAUGUACUUGUAACAGGAGAAACAAAGGUGCCAUAUGAGCAUCUAAUCCUAUGUACUGGACUACAGUAUCAGGUUCCUUGUCCCACAGGAGUGGAUAUAAAAGACAUGCUGACAAAUAAGGAUGUGACUGUUGACCCUGACCAGCAAUUUACAGGAAAAAUACCCUCCAACCUUUUUGUUCUUAAUAGUCAUGAUGACUGUGAAAAUGCACUGCAUUGGCUCAAAAAGCAUGAAGCAAAUAUUAAAGGAAAUAUAAUUGUGUAUGGGAGCACACUGGACGCUUACAUCACAGUGAAUACUAUCCUGACUUUUGGAAUUGAUGGCUCUUUCGUACAUCUGGUGAAGCCACCUUCGGAUUCAGGCAGACGUUGUUUUAACAAUCCUGAGAUAGAAAGUAAGGUAGAGGAAGCACUCAGGAAAGCUAAUGCUUCUGUGUAUUCUAACUGUCUGCUCGCUCAGUAUAACAAUGGGAAGCUCCAUGAACGUAUAACCCUUGCAACUUUCACAACGGAUUCUCGACCAUUGAGUCUAAAAUGUGUGGCUUUCUUUAACUUUGACAAGAAGAAGGUAGAUGUUGAUGCAUUCAGUGCCAUCAAUAAGGCAUGCCUCGUCUUUGAUGGAAAAUUGGUAAUUGACUCCACCUUCCAUACCAAUGAUAUAACAAUCAGAGCUGCUGGAUCAUUAACUAAAUAUUCCCGUCGUUAUUAUGCCGACCAAUGGUCUCAUGAAAAUUUUAAUUCAAAAGAGGUUGGAUUUCAGCUGGCUGCACUCAUGCUGCAUCUAUUUGACCCGACUCUGGAGAAAAUAACUAAGCCACCAGCAGAGUUAGAUAAACUUCUCCCUACUUAUUCUGGACCUAAAGCCAAAGGAGGCAUUAUACCUGGAAGAUACCAUUACCUACAUGUUUCUAAGCCAGGGAUCAUAUCCUGUGUGGAUUCACAGAAGUCACGGCCUGAAUAUGGACGUGAACUGAUCACAGGAAGUGUCAAUGCAGGGAACUACUUUGAAAUUCAUUUGAACCAAUACAGCAUGGUAGAAUCCAUCACUUGUUUCUCACUAAAAUCUUUCCCAGUCUCCAACUAUAUCUGCUUAUAUGGACAGCACGAGCGCCUCCUUAAUAAUUUGUGUUCUCGCUUUGACGAAGGCAUGAUCUCAGAUUUGUACAGCUAUCUAAGUGAGCCUUGGUGCAUGAGUAUAUAUCAUGAUCGUUUCAUGGACUUCAAACAAGAAGUGCGGCAGUUAAUGGAAUCCCACAAGGUGAAUGUCGAGGAGCCUAUCGAGGAGCUGAUUCGUCGGAUAGCGGAUGGAGAGCUGCUGGUACCAGGAAAUACCAAGGAAUUUUUGGAGCAGCAAUUUGCGAAAGACGGUUACCAGAAGUUGGUAGAAAAAAGCGUCCUAAACUACCUGAGCUACAAUCGUUACCACCUCCCAAUGUUUGCAAGGCCUGGUAUUGUUUAGAUAUCAACAGUGAGGGAGGGGUUUGUAUUGAAAUUAAUUUCUCUUAAUGUUUGCUCAGUCCAGAAAACUUUGCCAAUGAUUAAUAAUGUCCAGUUUAAUGGACAUUAACUUUGUACACCCCAGUCCAACACCGGCUUCGCCAAAUCAGUUUAUUGGAGGCACGCUGUUGAUGCACUUAGCCAGAAGAUGGCGCACGAUUACAAGGCUAAUGGGUGGGAGAUGGAAGCCCCCCCACCCCUCCCUCUCCCCACAAGAUUUUGUUUCCUUUAAAAUGUUUACUCGAGUGUAGCUUUUCGUGUACAACAAAUAAAGCGGGUGUUCAUUUCCUCGAAUGCAAGGUGUUUGUCAGUCUUGUGCACCGUUUUGCCCCUGCAUUCAGCGUAAAGCUGGUCGGGAAACAGCACCUGAUCAACACACACAGGCAACAGGAAGAACAUGGGGGGGAUCUCUUUCCAGAGAAAUUUCACCCUGAACAAGAGGGUGUGGACCAUAUGCAAAAUUAAUGCUGAAAAAUUUAUUCUUUUGCGUGUUACUCUUGGCGAUGAGCUUGUGGUAUUUUCGCCAGACUAUUAAUAGAGACAAAAAAAACUGCAGGUGCUGGAAAUGUGAA